AUGGUCGCUGCUAACGUUGCCGUCGCGCUCUCCGAUCUCAGCAGCGCGCGCACCUGCCGGGUCACCACGCCCAGCCUCGCCUCCCCAUUGGUCGCCGGCUCCAGAAAAUGCGCGUCGCGAUCGGCUGCGGCGGUGGGCGUGCGCGCAGCGAUGGGCGCGGCGGAGAUCGCGCAGGCUCUGAGCGACAAGCGGGUUCAGCCACGUGGCGAGCGAUUGCUGGUGAAGCUGGAUGAACCCGAGCAGAAGUCAGCGGGGGGCGUGCUGCUGCCCACGCAGGCCGUCAAGUACGAGCGAUACCUCACCGGGCAGGUGGUAUCAGCGGGGGAGGAGGUGAAGAAGGCGUCAGUGGGGCAGAAGAUCAUGUUUCCCGACAUGAACGCAUACGAGGUGGCCAUUGGAGACGGCGCCGACAGGUUCUGCUUUGUGCGGGAGGGGGACAUCAUGGCUGUGCGGCGACUGUCGCUCCGCUCCGCGAGUGCCGUCCGCAUCGUUCGCCUCCGCUGUCGGCCGUCAACCCUCACUUUCCCCGCGCUCGUCGCGCGAAGCGCCAUGGCGCGAAGCGCCGCGCUGUGGUUGCUGCUGCUCGCCAUGACCGCCGCGCGCGCAGAGCCCACAGCGGUGCGGUUCCAGGUGGAGCAGCAUGCCAAGUGCGUGGGCCACGACCUGCGCCGAGACACGCUCGUCGCCGCCUCCUAUGCCGCCGUGCCCGCCACCCACGCCAGCCCCGUCGCCCUCGACGUCUCCGUGACCUCGCCGGCGGGCGUGCACGUGUACAUGAAGGAGGGCGUGAGCGAGGGGCAGCUGGGGUUCAGGGCGGAGGAGAGCGGCGAGUACCACCUGUGCUUCUGGCUGCAUGGCCACCAUGUGGGCCGCCAUGACGACAAGCUGCAGCACGUGGAGGUGACGUGGCGCGAGGGGCAGGCAGCGUCGCACAUGCAGCAGGCCGCCACCAAGGAGCGCGUGGAGAGCUUCGAGUGGGAGGUGAAGCGGCUGGAGGGGCUGGUGGAGGCGGCGUCGAACGAAAUGAUCUUCUUCCACGAGAGGGAGGAGGAGCUACGGGCCAUGUCCCAGGCCACGCAGGCACGAGUUGGGUGGCUCAGCGCCUUCUCGCUGCUCACAUGCGCUCUGCUGGCCGCUCUGCAGUACUGGCACCUCAAGACCUUCUUUCAACGGACCAAGGUCCUCUGA